AAUUCGUGUUUUCUUAAAGGGCCGGUACAAAUCCCAGUGACCUAAAUUGAAAACGAGGCUCCAGUGAUCGCGGGAAAUCUGGGACAUCGAGGUUCUUACAAUGUCCCAGUCAGACGAACAUGAGUCAGCCAUUAUUGAAAAUGAAAAUAAUUCUAACAAGGUCAUGGAAUCACAAGGGGGUCUUGCCAGCUCUGCUGCAGAAGGACGCAAUUCACUGCUAGCUGAUUCAAGUUUACCCUCUUUAAUUAGUGGCAUUAAUAAUGAUACAGGAGAACAGGAAGAGGAGUGUAUGGAAACAGAAGCAGAUGAAGAGAGUAAAUCUGUUGAUUUAAAUGUGACUGAAGCGGGGAAAGAUGCCUCAGGCAUUGAUGCCAAUAAUCAGCCAGAGUCAGGAGUUGAGGAAGAGAGCAUGUCGGAGUCAACAAGAGGAAAUGCAGAUGAGGCAUUUGCAUUAUCUGAAGAUAUGUCUACUGCUGCAGAAAAUGACAUUGACACAGAAUUUUCUGAUAGGAAAGUGGAUGCUGGUGAAAUGGAGGUAGACGACAGUGAUAAAGAGGAAACGGCUGCAGAAGAAGAGAGAGAAGAAAGAGAAGCCGUUGGAGAGACAGAGGACAAAACAGAUUUGGAAUCUGCUGCUUUUUCACCAGAAGACAGUCCAAAAGAGGAAUCAGAAGAUGUGGUUGAAUUCAAAGAUGAUGAGCCAAAGAAGGAUAUCAGUGAUCAAGCUGAAGUGGAAAAGCUGCAGGAAGAAGAUGAUAAAAGUAUUAACCCUGAGUCCACUGAUGCUAAAGUAGCUGGUGUCGAGAUGCAGUUUUCUAAAGGGAUAGCUGCAUCUCAUGGUGGAGGUGAAACAGACUUGUCUGAAGAGGGGGGAGACGGUGCACAGAGUGAACAGGAAAUAGACCAAGAAUUGGAGACCAAGAAACAUAUGGAUGAAGAUGAUAUUGCCUUGCGACAAGUUGGACAGGUAGAAGAUUCUUCAGUUACUGCAGAAGAAGAAUCUCGCCUCCUCAGUGAAGAUGAUUGGACAGAAAAAGAGGUUAAACAGACAGAAACAACUGAGAAAGCUAUAACAGAUGAUGCCAAAUCUCCUCUUGCAGUAUGUGAAGGAGAAGAAGGGCAACAGGAGGAAGCAGAACAAGAGAGGAGUAUAGAUACAGAUGAACCAGCACCAGAAGACACAGGUGAAAGAGAUGAGUCGCUUGAUGCUUCGGUGGAAGAAACAGAGGAGAGUCUGAACCAUGAUACUGACAAUGGAGAAAAGGCAACUGAUGGAAUUGCCCAGGAAGAGGCAGGUGAUAGGAUGGAACCAGUGGCCAGGGAGGCUGAUAAAGAAAAUCUCACAACCAGUGAGUCCAUUAUGGUGGAUGAAGCAGUUGAUGCAGACACAAAUAAAAGUGAUGUAAUACCUUCUCAUUCAGAUGAAACAGUGCACCAAGAAAGCGAUGCUGAAACGUUGCCAGAGAAUGAAGGAGAGGUGGUGUCUACUGUGAAAGGAGCGGAGGCCAAAAAUGCAGAAUCAGCGAAGGAGGAAGGGGAAAAUACAGAGAUAAAUGUUCAGUCAAGGCAGGAUGAAUCUGCGCUGGUGGAAACAGAUGAGCCUAUGAAAGAAACAGAAGACAAGGAAGAAGAAGCUUCAGAUGAUGUCUCACAGAAAAGUGAAACCAUGGAUGAAAAAGAAUUACAAGCAAAUGAAGAACUGCAUGCGUCUAUCAACAAAACCUCCAUGCAAGCCCCACCAGAAGAGGAUGAUGAUGUUGUGGUUCUUGAUGACGACGAUGAUGAUGAUGAAACCAUAGGUUCAACAAAUGCUGCGAGUAUUCCUGUGAAGAGAGAGGUUUUGGAUAAGACUGAAGAUUCGACAGCUCUUUUCAACAGUAGCAACGACAUGGGCAUCCAGAUAGAGUCUGUCAGUGGUGGUGUUGAUGAACUUCAUGAUUUGGCAGAACAGCCUUCAAGACAGGAAAAUGGAACAUUUGGUGCUGCAGCAGUUGAUACAAAGAAAGAAUCAAGUGGCAGUUCCACAACUGGCAAAAAGCCUGGACCAAAAACACAAACAUGCAUAGUAUGCAAAAGGGUGGGCAAAUGCAAGUACAAUAUUGUGCGUAAUGGUGACAUCAAACAUCUUUGUGAUGACACCUGUUUUCAACGUUUUCGCACAAAUCCUACAAUGUACUUGAAAGGAACUCUUAAGAAAGAGCCUGUUCUUGCCCCAGCACCUCUUACCCAACCUCCGACAGCUGGAAAGGGUGGACAGACUGGGUACAAGACUUGUGUAGUGUGUCAGCUGAUGAAUAUUAACACACAGGGGCAGUUCUGUAUGUGGAAGGGGUUGGACUUCUGCGGCGAGAAUUGUCUCGGAAAGUUCCAAGCUAGCUUACAAACAUCAUGUGCAAUGUGCACGACUUACAUACCCCUUACUGCCCGAUCAGCCAACUGCUUGCGCAUUGGAAGUGAGGUGCGGCCUUUCUGCAGUCAUCGGUGUUACUCAGAUUACAAACAGCGCAUGCGUCUGUGUGCCUUUUGUCAGAAAGAUUUGUCUUCUGCCUCUGACUCUUUCUCAGCUCCUGUUGGUUCUGAUGGUGCUUUCAAGGAUUUUUGCAGCCAGGGCUGCAUGAAAAAGUAUGAAGACCUUUUGAAUAGCGAUGUCGAAAUUAUUCGAGUAGAGCAGGGGAAAGCACGACCCUCCAACAAAUGUUCUGUGUGUCAGAAGGUUGAAAUAGCCAAGCAUACAAUGAAAUAUGGAGGUCAGAUCCAUCAUCUCUGCAGCGACCCAUGCCUGUCAGCAUUUCAGUAUGCCAACAAGCUCGACAUGAACUCCUGCGACCAGUGUGGCACAUUGUGCACUACUCUUGAAUCAUCGCCCCACCUAGUGCAGUUUGAAGGCCAGCAGAAGCGCUUUUGCUCAGAUACAUGUGUCAAUUCCUUCCGCACUGUGAAUCGGAAGAUCUCUCCUUGUGCAUGGUGUGGAUCCAAAAAGUCAAACUUUGAUAUGAUUGAACGCCUUGACUCCAACAACAAAUUCCAACUGUUUUGUAGUUUAAACUGCCUUUCUUUAUACAGAGUCAAUCUACAGGCAAAAUCAAAUCAGUCUGUGACCUGCGACCAGUGUCUCAAAUUUGUUCCUGCACAGUACCAUUUGACUAUGAGUGAUGCUUCAGUCCGGAAUUUCUGCUCGUACACGUGUGUUAUGACUUUUCAAUCACAAUUUACAUCAAAAGGUGUUCCUCCUCCUUCAAAGUCAACCCCUGACCAUGCAGCUGCUAAACAUCGGCAUAACACAAGAGGUAACACACAGCAAGCAGUGAAUCAGCCAUCAUUCCCAAUCAUCUCUAAUGUUGUGUCUUUAGCUGCACAAGGAGGGCAGAAAGUAAACAUCAAAUCACCUGGAGGCAUACCUGUUGUGGUCAGUGGGUCAAGCCAGAGUGUCAAAGCAACAGGUGUUGCAAGCACAGCAGGAGGCCUAGUGCAGCAGCAGAUUAUAAUCCAGCCCCCACCUCCAAAAGUGGUGAAGAAUAAAUCACUGCUGUGCAAACCAUACGUUCAAACCAAAGCUACUUCCUGUCGUCCUCAUACCCAGACACGCGAGUGUCAAACUGAUGAAGUGAAGAGCAAGCCUAUCCUAAUUCCAGUACCAGUACCAGUCUACCUACCUGUGCCCUGUGCCAUGUAUACUGCCCCUACACCAACACCUGUCUUUGUGCCCAUUCCCAUUCCAGUUCCAGUUUUUAUACCCACCACACGCCGAUCUGCCAAUGGCAUCAUGAAGCAUAUUAAGGAGAUCCAGGAGAAAAUCCCUACAGAUCCCCUGGAGGCCGAGAUCCUUAUGAUGGCUGCUGCCGUGGCAACAGACAGCAAGCACAGCUCUGACAGUGACUCAGAUGAUGAUGAUAUGCUUCAAGAUAUAGGAUCCAAACGAAAAGCAAUUCGUGGUGGUGAUGAUGAUGAAGAAGAUGAUGAUAAUGAUGCCGAUGUAAUGCCAUUACCGGGGCCAAAAGAGGGAGAAGUUGGGGGUGAAGAAGAUAUGAUUCAGAUGGCUCAACGUAUGGCAGAGGAAAUGUCUGGUCCUAUUGCAGAUUUAGAGUCAGCAGUGGAAGCAGUUCCCAUUAAUACAGAGCCUCCACCUGCUGCGCCCCGAACUCCAUCUCCAGCAGAGCAAGUGUCUCGGACAGAACAAGAAUUCAUGGAAACACGGUCAUCACGAGGUAGGGGCAACAAGCGAGGGAACACCAGUCGACGAUCUAGUAGUCGAGCACCAAAGAGACCAAGAGUCACUGCCCCACAACCCGAGGUCAACUCCACUCCUGUUCCUCCAGAAGCUAUUGCACCACAACUUCCUCCUGCGGAUGCUAACUAUCAUCUCAAAUUUACCUAUGGUGUGAAUGCCUGGAGACAUUGGGUCUUGUUCAAAAAUGCGCAGCUAGAACGGGCAGGCAAGCGUGCGAGCGGCCGGAUCAAGUUGUUUAAAACCGACAUACUUCAAUGCACAGCAGAUGAGCUCAAUUACUCCCUGUGUCUCUUUGUCAAGGAGGUCCGCAAGCCUAACGGAGAUGAAUAUUCUCCUGACAGCAUUUACUACCUUUGUUUAGGAAUACAGCAGUAUCUUUUUGAGAAUGGACGCAUUGACAACAUCUUCACAGACUUGUACUAUGAAAAAUUUACAGAAUGCUUGACUGACAUCCUGUCACGGUGUCAACCCAAGUUCAAUGCAGCAGGUCAAAUGGUUUGCCGCAUAGAAGAAGAGCACUUGUGGGAGUGCAAACAGCUGGGUGCUCACUCGCCGUAUGUCCUUCUUAACACCUUAUAUUUCCACACCAAGUAUUUCAUGCUCAAGACCCCAGAGGAUCACAUGAAGCUGUCUUUUGCGCACAUUCUGAAAUACUGGAAAAAGGGACAGCCAGGUAAAGGAGGACAGCCAACACGCAGUGUUUCACUCCGCUACUACAGCGUCAGUACAGCUAAAAAAGAUGGUUCAGCACCAACAAGUACAACCAAGAAAGGCAGUAAGGAAGGUAUCCCAGUUUAUGAAGUUACGGAGAAUCAGGAAAACCCACUUCGCUGUCCUGUAAAGCUGUAUGAAUUUUAUCUAUCUAAAUGCCCUGAAAGCAUAAAAAACCGCAGUGACAUUUUCUACCCCAUACCUGAAGCGCAGCUGGUGCCAGACAGUCCUGUCUGGUACUCUACUACACCCAUAGGAGUCGAUACAAUGACUAAAAUGUUAACUCGCAUUUUGCUUGUGAGGGAGAUUCAAGAAGCUCAUCUUCAUGCACAACCUAUUUAUGUGUGACUGCUGGUCACAGACCUGUUGGUGCAAAUCUGCUUCAUACAUUUGCAUUCAUGUGUUCACACUUACCUGCUUGUAUCCAGACCAACUGCAUCAUUUUCUUGAUAUUUGUGUUUGUAAGUGACUUCUUAAAGAAACUGUAACCAGUGUAUAUUAGAAAAUUACAGCUUUUACAUCAGAAGUUUCCUGAAUUUUUCUCAAAAAUUCUUGUUAAUGGCAGUCAUUUUUAUAUUUCAUUUUUCAACCUUUACCACCAAGCCUCAUUUCAUGCUUGUAUUAUAGAACUGCCUUCAAGUAUUGUAUCAUACCACAUCUCAUAAGCUGUAUGCAUAUGUGUGAGCAUGUACACUGUGUGUGUGUGAAUUGGGGGAUAUUCCUCUUUACUUUAUUAAUCUUUGAAAUAAUAAAUGUGUUCAAUGUACUGCCAAAAGUCAUCAAUAUCUGGCAGCACUUUAUAAGCUGAGCCAUUAUCUGACCACUAAGUUAUGGAGGUUUUUUUUUUUUUUAAUAAAUAUUUUUGUGUGACUGUAUGUAGUUAUAGCUGGAAGUUGAUCUUUGUGUCAGAGUAAUUUUGCUUCUUUCUGCAUUAAAUUCCUGCUGAUUUUACGAAUUUGGGAAUAGAUGCUUGACUGAUUUUCAGAACUCAAUAUCUGCCAUUGAUUUCCUCUAGUGACGGGCUCCCUUUCUCUCCUCCUUUCUAGUUUGCACAAAACAGACGUGAAUAUCCAAGAUUUAAUUAUUGUGAUAAUGAGGCAUCUGAAAGCUAGUCAGAAGAAACUCAAGAGAAAGACCAUUGGUUUGCAGAGAUGCAUGGUCUUAAACUUGCAGAAUGACAAGAAAACAUCUGAGUAACCGCUUUAGUGAGACCACUUAAAUGGGAAUCUCCCACAGUGUGAAGGUGUCCUUCUCUAGCAGGACUAUUAUUACUCUGGGAACAUCAGUGAUGAAAAUGGAUUAUGUCCCCCUACUAUAUGUGUAUGAGCAGACAUGACAUUCUAAAAGUGUAUGCUGUACUUGUUGUGACAGAAUUAAUGUCUUUAAGUAUAUAUUUAAAGUUACAGUGAAUGUGCUCUGGUGCUUGAUAACAGUACAGAGAGUAAAGGCCCUCUAUUGUUUAUUUUGUUUUUCUUUGAUGCUUCUUUCCUCUAGGAAUAUGCAUUUGUGUCCUCGAAAUGUUAUAGUAACUGGUGUUUCUGAAAGUCCUUAUUGCAUUCAAGUAAAUUUGACAAAAACUAAAUCAGACCUUCAAAUAAUUAAUGUAUAUAAUUGACAAAUGGAAACAAUGUUAUGGUGUUACAGAUUUUCUUGUAUAUGAGACUUCAUUCCCCCAAGAUUUGUCAAAAAAAGGUUGUCUCCCUUUUAUAACUACCAUACUGCAUAAUUAAGCUUGAUUUAAAAAAAAAACCAACAUAUUAGUCCUUGAUAUAUUGCAAAAUUAUUAAGAAGUGAUUAUAACUAAACAGUUUAUAAUCCAAGAUUUUGUGUAGAAACAAUUAAGGCUAAAAAAUUUUAAUUUAAGCCUAGCUAACCAUUUAACUUUCCUUUUUAAGAACUGAGGUUUGGACAUGAGCACAAAACUGGUGCGAAUAAAUUAACACAUUCUCAGCUCGGCACAUCCUCUACUUAAUACAAUUUUUUAAGUCGGUAAUGUCCGUAUUAAGUACUGAACAUUGAGUAUAUGAAAAGGUAUCAACAGUUCUUUGUUUGGGAACGGUUUCCAGAUGCUUCUGGUAUCUAUCACCUUACAAAUUUUGUCAGAACGUAAUCUGCAAUUUUUACAGGGUGCUUUUGUUAGUUGGUGGUGAUGGGUUAGGUCACUGAAAGACACCUUCAAAAAAAAAGAGCUAACUAAAAGGCAGCUAUUUGUUUUGUACAGCCUAUUUUUCUGCAUCACCCAUUUGAUUAAGCUGGUAGCUGUGACCCAGCUAACAAUAAAGUUUGUACUUUUUGAUACAAGUUGUUGAGUAAAAAGAUAUUGAUAUGUACCAGUCUUUGACGCAUGUUAUGCUUUAGACACUUCAUCUAGUUUGUCUUUCAGCUUAGGCCUGUUGUGUGUUUUAACAACCACACUUAGUUUCUAGUAAAACAGCUUUGUUAUGUUAUAUGCUGCUGUUCUGUCAGGUGCACAUGCAGCUCAGCAUCUAAAUUAUAUCCCAGAGAAUGUCUCGUGUUAAACAGGACACAAAAUGGUCACUCUACAGAGGUGUCUACACCUACAUAAAUGUCUAACAUAAAUGUGGAAACUACUUAGUUGUAAAUAGUUUGAAGUAACUUUUUGGUUGACUUGUAUGUUGUCUAAUUUUUAUGAUACAUUAUUUUCAUUGAGCAUAACAUUAAAAAAAUGAAAUGU